UCGCCCCGCCCCGCCCCUGUCGUCACGCGGCCCCACCCUCCUCGCCCCGCCCUCUUCCAGCGAGCCGAGCGGAGCCGAACGGCGGAGGCGGGCGGUGACGAGCGAGCGCAGUCCAGCCGAGCGGACGAGCGCUCCGGGCCGACCAGGACUUAGCGGGGCCCAGCCGCCGGGACCAGAGGACCGAGCGGGCCCGAGUGCUGCCGGGCGGAGCCGGGCGGGGCCGGGCGGAGGCGAACGGGGCGGAGCGCCGGGGCAGCCGCCAUGAAACGGGACCGGCUCGGCCGCUUCCUGUCGCCUGCGGCUGCUGGGCAGCGCGGGGGCUCGGGCGGCGGCCGGACCCGGGGCCGCCCCGCCCGCAGCGGGCCGAGCGUGGACGAGGCAGCGGCCUUGGUGGCUUCGCGGCUGGGCUGGGGGCCGGCGCGGGCCUGCGAGGACGGCGCCGACGAGCCAGGAGCGGGUCGGGCUCUUGCCAUGGGGCACUGCCGCCUCUGCCACGGGAAGUUCUCCACACGGAGUCUCCGCAGCAUCUCCGGCCGGGCGCCGGGGCAGAGCUCAGAGAGACCACCCGCAGGGGAGCGCACGUUCGUCAGGGACUUCCAGCACCUGCUGGGGGUGGCUGUCCACCAGGACCCAGCCCUGUCUCAGUUCGUCUGCAAGAACUGCCACGCCCAGUUCUACCAGUGCCACGGCCUCCUCAAGUCCUUUCUGCAGAGAGUCAACGUGUCCCCGAUGAGUCCCCGGAAGCCCUGUGCACAGGUGGGUGCCCAGCCCCCGGCAGAGGCGGAGGAGGGAGCGUGCCUGGUGGACCUGAUCCCUUCGAGCCCCGAAGGCCUGCGUGGCCUGGUGGGGUGGGUGCAUGGACACGCGGCCAGCUGUGGGGCCCUGCCCAGCCUGCAAAGGACACUGUCCUCCGAGUACUGCGGUGUCGUCCAGGCCGUGUGGGGCUGUGACCAAGGCCACGACUACACCAUGGACAUGGACUCCAGCUGCGGGGCUCUCUUGCUGGACAGCGCGUUGGCAGUCAAGUGGACGUGGGACAAGGAGGUGCCCCCACGGCUCACCCACCGUCGGAGGUCCAACCCCACUGGGGCUGCCGCUCCGAGCUCCCAGGGCAGAGCGACCACAGCCUGGGCCGAGACGGAACCGCUGCCCACGCCCAACACAGAUGUGGCCCAGCCUCCUUCAGAUAGCAGCCCUGUGGGGCCCGGGCCAAGCCCCCUGCCUCAGGCUGGCCUCCCCCCGAGUGGGGCUCCAGGGCAGUUGGGUGAGAAGCAGUCCCCAUCUUCAACCUCGGAUGAUCGGGUAAAAGACGAGUUCAGUGACCUUUCUGAGGGGGACUUCCUGAGUGAGGACGACAACGACAAGAAGCAGAGUCCCCAGUCCUCAGACGAGUCCUUCGAGCCUGACCCGGAGAAGAAGGUGCCUGGGAAGAAGAACGGAAGCAAAGAAGCCAAGAAGCCUGAAGAACCAAAAAUCCGAAAGAAGCCCGGACCGAAGCCAGGCUGGAAGAGCAAGCUGCGCUGUGAGAGGGAGGAGCUGCCCACCAUCUACAAGUGCCCAUACCAGGGCUGCACAGCCGUGUACCGAGGGGCCGACGGCAUGAAGAAGCACAUUAAGGAGCACCACGAGGAGGUCCGCGAGAGGCCCUGCCCCCACCCUGGCUGCAACAAGGUGUUCAUGAUCGACCGCUACCUGCAGCGGCACGUGAAGCUCAUCCACACAGAGGUGCGGAACUACAUCUGUGACGAGUGUGGACAGACCUUCAAGCAGCGGAAGCACCUCCUGGUCCACCAGAUGCGGCACUCGGGAGCCAAGCCUCUGCAGUGUGAAGUCUGUGGCUUCCAGUGCCGGCAGCGGGCGUCCCUCAAGUACCACAUGACCAAACACAAGGCUGAGACGGAGCUGGACUUCGCCUGUGACCAGUGUGGCCGGCGGUUCGAGAAGGCACACAACCUCAACGUGCACAUGUCCAUGGUGCACCCCCUGACCCAGACCCAAGACAAGGCCCUGCCCCUGGAGCCACCUCCCGGGACCACAGAGGGCCAGGCCGUGAAGCCUGAGCCCACCUGAGGGUGCACUUGAACUCGCCAGGUGGUAGAUGGGGUCACAGGUCAACUUCCACAGUUCCUCCCAUGCGACCCGAUGGCACCGCUUUGCUUGCCCUGAGUGCCCCAUGCUGAGCCCCAGCCCUGUGCUGGGACGUGGGGGGCUUGGUGCGAGGCCCAGGUCGCCUUCGUGUCCCCUCUGGGACCAGCAGUUUAUUUUCCUACAUUGACUUGGGGCCAGACGCAAGUCUUAAAUAGUCAGUUUCUGUUCCCCACCAAAGCAAUCGGGAGAUCUGUAGCCCACUCCUUAGUGUGGCAAGAGCUCCACGUCACGCUCGCAAUAAACUAUUUCCAGAGGU